AAAUGAUGCCUUGCAGAGACCAAGCCAUGGCGUUUCGCAUGGGCGGCUCUGCGAGGCUGUCACCUGACCAUCGGAAUGGACAAAAGGCCUGGCUGGCGACUGCUGCGUUGGUUUGUCUCCUCUGGAGGGCGCAGGUGUCUUUCGUCCAGGUAAGAAGAGGCAUGGCGAAGGUGAGCGAUUUUUCCCUCCGGGCGAAGGCGCCAGAGGUUCAGCCAGAGCCGGACUUUGGAGCCGACUUCGCCAAGGCCAUGAAGGAGGGGCUUGGCCUCAAUGAGCAAUACGAGCAGCAGGAGCUUACAGCUCAGCAGCGCAUCACGCCCAUCGAUCGCCUGUUUGGUUGGGACAGAGCCAUCAUCGCCUCCAGAGACGACUUGGAUCCUUUCAUGGACUCCAUGGAUGAGAUGAAUUACGUCACGGUGUCCUUGGCAAAGCCCUUGGGUUUGGAAUUCGUGGAGAAUUCCGAUGAUGAGGGUAAUGGAGUCAUGAUUGACAAGGUUGCGGCGAACUCCAAUGCUGACCAGACAGGGUUGUUGCGCGCGGGGUAUCAUUUGAUCUUCGUGAAUGGCACGCCUGUCCAUGGCCUCUCAUUCGAUGAUGCCAUUCAGCCCAUCAUGGAUUCAGAAGGAAGUGUUACACUGACCUUCUUCACCGGAGAAGGUGAAUACUUCUAUGGCGACUUCAAGCCUGAAGAUGAGUGGCUUGAAAAUUUCCGACAAAAGACCCUGGCUGGCUCCAUGGAGGAGGAGCAGUGAGCUGAGACCUUUCACAAUCCUGAUCAAAACAUGGCGAUUUC